GGUAUUACACUUUUCAAUUCAUUUUGUCAGUUUAUACUCAAUAGUGAAGUUAAAAAUGUGGUUUAAAAUUGUAAUUCAUGUUUUAUUAAUCAGACUAUCAAUCAGUAAUUGGGACUGCGACGACAGGGAGGUGUUCAGGAUUUGUCCCGGUUGUCCGGGUUACUGUCAGAACAGGUUCCCCAAUCGAUGCAUCUUUCCCUGCAUCCCCGGCUGCACGUGUCUGCCCGGUUAUUUGCGGGACGUAAACACCGGCUACUGCGUUCCUAGGGACUCUUGCCUUCAACACUCACCCCACAUGUACAACCACCACCACCACCACAACCACGACGAUACAAUUGUUACUUAUUAACCAAUGAAUUAAUUGUUUUAUUGUCUUGUUUUGUUUGGGUCAGUUUAUUGAUGGAUUUUAUUAUAUGACAAGGUUUUGUACAGCUCAGUCAAUAAAAAAAAUGAAAAAGUGUUUAU